AAGCUUACAACUUCUUCUAAGUUAUUAUUAAAUCUGUAACGGUAUAAAUAUCAAACAUCCAUCGAGGAUUCAUCUUAUACUCAGACUCCAGAAACCAGUCUCCGAUCAACACAAAUGGGGUCUGAAAAUGGCAGCAUCACAACAGAGAGAGACGAUGACGAGAACGUGGCGCUGAUCUUCGGCGUCACGGGGCUGGUGGGUCGAGAGAUUGUGAAGAGGCUAACAAUGUCGAACAAACCCAUGUGGAGAAUCUACGGCGUCGCACGAAAUCCCGAGAUCAGUUCCAUGGCGAAGCUGUACAGUUUCAUCUCCUGCGAUCUGCUUAACGCAUCCGAGACCAAACGCAAACUGUCUCCAUUACAGGACAUCGUGAGUCACGUGUUUUGGGUCACGUGGUCCGGCGAGUAUCCGUUAGACAGCGACGAGUGCUGCGUCCAGAACGGGACGAUGCUGACAAACGCUCUGGACGCGAUUCUCCCAAACGCUAAGAGGUUAAAGCAUUUCUCGCUCCAAACGGGGAUGAAGCAUUACGUGUCUCUCGUCGGUGAGGCUCUGUCUCGUGGAGGAGAAGGUUCUUCUAGUGUGUGUUAUUACAGCGAGGAGUGUCCGAGGAAGAGCACUGGGUGGAAUUUCUAUUACGUUUUGGAGGAUCUGCUGAAGGAGAAGAUCUCUGGGGACUCGGUUGUUUGGUCGGUUCAAAGACCAGGUUUGCUAAUGGGAAGCUCUACAAGGACUCUGUACAACUUCAUGGGAAGUCUUUGUGUUUAUGGAGCCAUGUGCAAGUAUUUGAAUCUUCCUUUUGUGUUUGGAGGGACAAGAGAAUGCUGGGAGGAGUGUUACAUUGAUGGGUCUGAUUCGAAUUUAGUCGCGGAACAGCAUAUAUUCGCGGCGACUAGUGGGAGAGUACGUGACAAAGGUGAAGCCUUUAACGCCAUUAAUGGGGUAGGGUUCACUUGGAAAGAGAUUUGGCCGAAGAUCGGGAGGAAGCUUGGGGUGCAAGUCAACGAAACGACAAUGUUUGAUGAGGGUUUCUGGUUUGAGAGAGAGAUGGGUGAGAGAAAGCAUGUGUGGGAUGAGAUUCUGGUGAAGGAGAAGCUUGUCAGGACAAAGAUUGAGGAUAUGGCCAAUUGGGUUUUCAUGGAUGUGUUGUUUAGAUGUCCUUUCAAGCUGCUUGGAAGGAGAGAUAAAGUAGAUAAGUUUGGGUUUAAGAGGAAAUAUAGAACCCUGGAUUCGAUUCUGUAUUGGAUUGAUGUGAUGAGAGAAGAAAAACUAAUUCCUUUGUAAGAUGAAGUGGUUAUUGUGUUUAGUGCUUUGGGAAUGCAUAGUUUCCAGAAAAUAAAAGAGAGACUAGAUCGAUUAGCAAUGUAAAUCAUGGGGGGGUAUGUGAGCAUUAAUCUUCCCUAAGUCUUGUUUUCAUUGGC